GCCUCCUUCUCGGCGCCUUCUUCCUCGUCCGCGCACGCGCCCCAUCGCAUCAACGCCAAUUUCCCCACCAUCACGGCAAUGCUCGGACACUUCGUGCGCCCCCCGGCUUCUUGUAUUUGUAUAUCUGCGCGAGCUCCCAACUGCUCGGCAUACACUUGCGCUUCGCCGCGCACCACACACCGAAGUGGUCCGAGCAUGACGCACCCAGGCGCGAGCGACGAUAGCAUGGACUCGCCAUGGCCGAGCGGCGCCGCCGCCGCCGGCCCUCCCACGGCGCCCGUGGCGGCGGCAGCUGGGUCCGUCAUGACGGCCGGCAGCAUCGCCACCGUGGCCGGCACUAUCCUGAUCUUCAUGGUCAUCGCCGCCGGGCUCGUCACCCUCCAGUACUUCUUCGACGCGUGGGACACCGACAGGCAUGGCGCCCGGGCGUCGCGGCGCCGUGGCGGAGGGGCGGCGGGCGGCGGCGGUGGGAUCCGGGCCGCCCGGGGCGUGAAUCCGGACGUGCUGCGCUCCCUGCCGGUCACGGUGUACCGCAAGGCGGCGCCGGGUUCGAGGGAGGAGGACGCGGCGGAGUGCGCGGUGUGCCUCGCGGAGCUCGAGGACGGCGAGGAGGCCCGGUUCCUGUCCCGCUGCGGCCACGGCUUCCACGCCGCGUGCGUCGACACGUGGCUGGCGUCCCACACCACCUGCCCGCUCUGCCGGCUCACCGUCGCCAAGCCCGACGCGUCUCCCGCUCCUGCCUUGGCUCUCCGUCCGGUGCAGCCAGAGCCGGCCAACUACUCCGCGAACCUGCCGGCCAGCGUGCUUCUCGGGGUGUCCGACCAGGGCGCGGUCACCGCGGUGACCGUGGCCUCCGACGGGGACACGAGCGCUUCGACGGGCACCACGGCCGUGCUGGUGAUCGAGAUCCCGGAGUCGUUGGCCGUGCCGGCGCCGACCCUGCGCGACGCGGCCAAGACGCCGGCCGGCUCGGCGAGGCCGAGGUCGUUUCGGAGGCUGUGGAGCUUCGGAAGGCAAGGGGUUGGGGCGAGUUCCUCUUGCUCCUGCGGCGGCGCCGGCGAAGGAGACGACGUGGAGCAGGGUGGUGCAACCCAGGGAUCUGCCGUAUAGCGACGGAACCGGACUUGCGGCGGGCCGACCGCCAACGGUCGACGGACACGGAUCGGAGAUCAGUUACAAUUUUCGAUCUCUGUGCAUAGACUUCGUUUGUACAGUCUCAGUCUGUAGCAUGUGCACGUUCUUUUAUACUCCCUCCAUCCAGUUUUCAUGGGCGUAUAAGGUUGGAAAAAAGUAUCCAGUAUUCAUGGGCGUCUAACAGGAGUAUGCCGCUUUUUUUUUGGGGCGACGCGAGCGUCGCUUCGGAGGGCGGCUGCUCAUUAGAGCAUCUCCAAAUAUGUCCAAAACAAUUUUCAAAAAUCUAGUUUAGGCACCAAACACGAAAAACCCUUCUCCAACAGCUGCCCAAUCAACGUCCCAAAAUACCCGCACGCCCAAAACCAGUGUCAGAUCGAGCCAAAUUCCCGCCGGUCCUUCGCGCUCCCAACCGCGGAGAUCAUUGGAGAAGCGCCGACUCAUCGUUCUCGGUUGAUCGAUAGAGCAGUAGGCCAGUGCCCAAAAGCUGGAAAAGUAAUUUUCUCUUCCAUGUGUCUGUGUUUGGAAAAACAGGCAGCAAACCUUUAGGGCAAACACGGUCAGUUGGAAAAAGCUAAAUCUCAUCUGAAUGUUUUAGAUGGCCCCAACACAAGCAUUGUGAUGUUCUACAUGUGUAAAGAUUUGUGCUAUAU